AUGCAGUUGCAGGGUGGGCGCGCGUAUUAGUUUCAAAGGGCGAAUCAGGCACUCCAACGCAUGCAAGAACCGUUUGCGGGCCGUUAUCUCUGUAGUAGACUUUGCUCAGCACUUGGCGUUUGCACAGCGGGCAGCUACAUACUCCGUAGGUGAGCGCGAAGGAAACAUCUGUCGUUGCAAUCCGAGGGCGAUACAUAAGAAGAUAGCUGUUUAUCCUUUCUGAAACGCCAUUGCUGUGUCUUGUCCAGUCAAAACCCAGGCAAGAUGACGCAUGAGGAGUUCCGAGCCUUCCGCGUGGGCAAUAUGACUGCGGUGACUUUGUGUACCAUGUGCCUGGCCGGCGUGGGGGUGCUCCUGCUAAUCUCGGGGGCUGUAGUCACCGGGAUCGUCUACACCGAAGUCCGUCCACCCACAGCCGAUGAAAAUUACGACAGGUACCGCGGUGCAGACCUUCGCCGAGUUUUGGGUCCCCUGAUGCUGUGCCUGGGAGGCUUCCUUUUGAUCGGCGGCUGUGUGUUCAUGGCAUUCGGCUACUACUCCAACUACAGGGAUGAAGAGGCUACCUAUUCUCACAACCGGGAUUACGAAGGCCAGCAGUCUAAAGAUGUCAAAAUCCAAAUGCAUAAAUAUUCCAGAGAAGACUUAGAGGCCAGAGAAGCACUCAACCGCUAAGGCCUUGCUCAUGCUGCUCUUUGUAUAUAUAUAUAUUUAGAGGAAUCCAGAGGUCUACGACAUAUUUUGUGAACAUGCCAUCAUGAAAACAAGCAUUAAGCUGCACUGUGUACUAACAUGUCUGCGCACUGCUGACGAUGUAACGUUUGUUCUGAUAUGUCAGUGUGUGCGAUGUCAGAAUCAUCAUUUCAGGAUCACUACAUGCACGACAUGUUCAUCUAUGCAAAGAUGUUUUCGUAGAUGUUGUGCAACGUCAUAUUUUGUCAAGUAUAAAGCUACUUCACCAUAAUA